AAAUGAAUUUGAGGAAGAAGGCCCGUUCGCUUCGAAUCAAUAAAGUUCUCCGGGUAUUGAAAAUCGUAAAAAAUCUAUCAGAUGUUCGUUCCUAAAUUCCAGUCAUAGAGAUUGAUUAAGCAUUCCAGUUCUCUCCAUUCGGUCAAUCUGCUCGUCCCAAAUCCCACUCCUCUCUUUAAUCUCACAUCUCAAUAAUGAAAAGGAGCCACAUCCCCUUCAUUUUAGAUCGAAAAUGGCUAAUACCAUUGUUCGUGGUCGUAACAUUUCUUCUCAUCUUCGCCUUCCUAACCAAUUUAAACCAAGAUAAGCAAUCUUCUUCUUCCUCUUUCACUUCCAGUCCCAAUUCGGCUUCUAAGCUUUUGGGUUCACCGCCGGAGAUACCUCGUUUUGCAUAUUUGCUGUCGGGAACGAAAGGAGAUGGUCCGAAACUGAAGCGGUUGCUUCAAGCGACAUAUCAUCCGAGGAACAGUUACCUAUUACAUCUCGAUCUAGAAGCUUCCGACUCUGAACGACUCGAUCUCGCCAGGUAUGUUAAGUCAGAAGCGGCUAUCAGAGAGUUUGCGAACGUUUGGGUGGUCGGAAAAGCUAAUUUGGAAACUUACAAGGGGCCGACAGUUAUGGCGGCAACUCUCCACGCCAUAGCAAUACUAUUAAAGAAGGGAAAUUGGGAUUGGUUUAUUAACCUCAGUGCUUCGGAUUAUCCGCUAAUGCCGCAAGAUGAUCUUCUACACAUUUUCUCAUACUUGCCUAGAGAUCUAAACUUCCUUGAGCACUCAAGCGAAAUUGGUUGGAAAGAGUUUCAAAGAGCGCGGCCAAUCAUUAUAGAUCCAGGUCUCUACCAUUCGAAGAAAUCGGGCGUCUUUUGGGCGAAAGAAAAGAGAUCGAUGCCGGCUUCUUUCAAAUUGUAUAUGGGGUCCGAAUGGGUGAUUCUGACAAGAUCUUUUCUUGAGUUCUGCAUUUGGGGAUGGGACAAUCUUCCUCGUACUCUUCUAAUGUACUACACGAACUUCCACUCGUCGUUGGAGAGCUACUUCCACACUGUAGUAUGCAACCACAAGGAUUUCCAGAAUACAACAGUUAACUACGACAUGCGUUUUGCGAAAUGGGACAACCCACCGAAGCUUGGUCCAAUGAAUCUUACUUGGGACCACUAUGACGAGAUGGUCAAGAGCGGGGCUCCUUUUGGACGAGAAUUUGCUGAGGGAGAAAGGGUUUUAACAAGAAUCGACAGGGAGCUGUUGAGCAGGUUAGAUGAUAGAUUUGUCCCUGGAGGAUGGUGUGUUAUGGAUAAGGAGGAUCCUUGUUCUGUUUAUGGGAGUGUUAAUGUUGUUAAACCUUCUUUAAGUUCUAACAGGCUUCAGAGGCUCAUAUUAAAGUUGCUUGAUACAAAAAACUUUAGGGUGAAACAAUGUCAAUAAAUGAUCAUUUUCUGUCUUAUGUAUGUAUGCUGUGGUUGUAUUGAA